AUGCACUCGUCCACGUCCACUCAACGGAAACCUUCUGGGCAGUCGCAGCGGCGAUCAUCAGUACGCUCAACGCACCCAGAUAGAACUAGUCAUGAUACAGCACGUCAGUCUGAUUAUUCUGUGGGCCAACACAACGGCGCUCAAGAAAACUCGCAGUACCGUGCGUCAACGACAGCGCCGGUGCACUCAGUGCAGGAAAAAUGGUGGCACGUCCACCUGUUCCGUGGAAUGAUCAACGAUAUCAAGCGCAGAGCACCAUAUUAUUGGAGCGAUUGGACUGAUGCAUGGGAUUAUCGUGUCGUGCCUGCUACGGUCUAUAUGUAUUUUGCCAAGUAUGUUCGCUCUGGUUGGAUAUCAAUCAAUAUCUCAGUACCUUUUCUUCGGGGUCAUGUUUCAUUUGCUUACAAUAAGUGUAGUAUUCUGCCUGCUCUCGCCUUCUCGUUAGAUAUGUUCGAGAAGACAAGUCAAAGCUAUGGCGUUAAUGAGGUUCUACUUGCAUCUGUACUUGGUGCAAUUGUCUUUUCGCUCUUUGCGGCUCAGCCGUUGGUCAUUGUUGGCGUUACUGGUCCUAUCACCGUGUUCAACUACACUGUCUAUGACAUCAUGGCUCCUCGAGGGACGCCGUAUCUUGCCUUCAUGUGUUGGAUUGGAAUCUGGUCUUUGAUUAUGCAUUGGAUACUGGCUAUCACUAAUUCAUGCAAUGCCUUGACCUAUGUCACCCGGUUCUCGUGCGACAUCUUUGGAUUCUACGUUGCUUGCGUUUAUAUUCAGAAGGGUAUUCAGGUUCUCACCAGACAAUGGGGCUCCGUGGGAGAGACCUCUGCUUACCUGAGUAUCAUGGUUGCACUACUUGUCUUGAUGUGUGCAUGGAUUUGUGGAGAAUUGGGCAAUAGCAAUCUUUUCAAACGACCCGUUCGAAAAUUUCUCGAGGACUACGGCACACCUUUAACCAUCAUCUUCUUUACUGGCUUUGUCUACAUUGGCCAGAUGAAGGAUGUUGAUGUCGCUACACUCCCUACUAGCAAGGCUUUCUUUCCUACGACUGACCGGUCUUGGCUUGUGCAUUUCUGGGAUAUCAACGUUGGAGAUAUCUUCCUUGCUAUCCCAUUUGCACUUCUUCUGACAAUUCUCUUUUACUUUGAUCACAAUGUGUCAUCUCUCAUUGCCCAAGGAACCGAAUUCCCUCUUCGAAAGCCAGCGGGUUUCCAUUGGGACAUUUGGCUCCUUGGUCUCACAACUUUCGUGGCCGGAAUUCUGGGGAUACCAUUCCCCAAUGGCCUGAUUCCCCAGGCUCCCUUCCACACUGCUGCCCUCUGCGUCACUCGCCAGGUCGCAGACGAGGACGACACAAACAAGGGCAAAGCUAUCCGGAUAACAGAUCACGUAGUAGAGCAGCGAUUCAGCAACUUCGCACAGGGACUUCUGACCCUGGGAACAAUGAGUGGACCCCUUCUCAUUGUCCUCCACUUGAUUCCACAGGGUGUCAUGGCUGGUCUGUUUUUCGUUAUGGGGGUUCAGGCUCUACAGGGAAAUGGCAUUACACAAAAACUGAUAUUCCUCGCGGAAGACAAGAAGUUUACUUCUGCGUCGAAUCCUCUCAAGCUGAUCAAGCGCCGUUCCGCCAUCUGGGCCUUUGUCGCUCUUGAAUUGUUUGGCUUCGGUGCUACUUUCGCUAUCACCCAGACUAUCGCUGCCAUCGGGUUCCCGGUCAUAAUUAUCCUUCUGGUCCCUGUGCGCUCCUUUCUACUUCCUAGAUGGUUUACCCGCGAGGAGCUUGCAGCACUUGAUGGACCGACAGCUAGUCCAUUCACCAUGGAAAGUGUCAGUGGCACCCGUGGGCUGGAGAACUACGAUGAAGCGGUAGCCAGCGGCGCCCUUGAUGAAUAUUCUAAUGAAGGCGACCGAGUCCUAAGGAGCAGAGCUUCAACUUCUCCGGAAUCUGCGGUCGAAGAUAAUGAUCUAGAGCGAGGUGACGCGUAUGAACUCGCCUCUGGUGUUUCGCGAAGAAAGAGUACAGCUAGCAGGGCAGGUUAA